AUGGUGCUUGUGCGGGAUGAAGAAAAAAAGGCCAAGACCACAAGCAGUAGUGAUGAUCAAGUAAUCCCUCAGACAGCUCAACCGACCAGCCUGGCGGUACCAUCCACGUCCACUCAUGGCCAAGGUACCCGGUCCAGGAGCCAAUCGCCUGUGGCACUCAGUACAGAAUUCACAUUAUGUGUGCAGGCUCAACGGGAAAUCUUUGUGUCGAUACAGGAUAUACUCAGUCAGGUUGGUGACCCAUCCGAAUCGAUCACCCUGACAGAGGUGAACAUGUUGCUCGAGCAGCUAGAGGAGCUGCAUAGGUCAUUCCGCCAAGAGCACGCUCAACAAGUAUGUAAUUGGCCUCCCAACCAAAUGAGCCAUCCAUACCUCACUGAAACGGUCAACAUCAGUGAAACGAAAUUGAUGAUAAAGACAAAACGAUUGCUUGGUCGGCUUAAGGAACAGCUCACUCAGAAAACUCAGCCCACUUCUUCACCCGAAGAUGGUGCUCGUGCCCACUCCCGGCUUCCUGAAUUAACAGUGCCAACAUUCAGUGGAGAUUGCCGGAAAUGGCCUGAUUUCAAGGCCAUGUUCAGCUCAGUGAUAGCAGACCGCUCGGAUCUCAGUGAUCUGGAGAAAUUCCAGUAUCUAAAGUCAGCGAUGCAAGGUGAGGCCUACGAAAUUGUUGCCAACAUCACUCCUGACAAUUUAUCAUUCGACUCGGCUUGGACCUUGCUCACAUCAAGGUUUGAGAACAAACGUCUCAUAAUAAAAUCACAUCUAGAAAGGCUGCUCAACCUCAAACCAAUGCAAAGGCGCCAAGCCACCUCACUGACCAAAAUGGUCAACAUCAUUAAUGAGACCACUCAGGCACUCAGAACACUCACAGUGGAGAGCAAUAAUGAUUGCCUCAUGGUCACUCUUCUCACUGGACUGCUUGAUCAAGACACUCGCGAGAGGUGGGAGACAUCUCUUGCAUCUACAGAUGAAUUUCCGACACUCAGCCAGCUCACCGAAUUUCUGGUCACUCGUGCUCGCACAUUGGAGACCAUAGAAUCCUCAUCCACACCUGCUCAACCCAAUGUGCCUAAAGGGGCUAAGACUACUCGGACAAGCUCAUAUCAGGCCUCUCAACAGCCCCCAGCCAACUCAGCAAGGUCGGUUAUUCAUCAGCCUUCUCGUCCAGCUCAGUCACGAGCCACAUAUCCGUGUGACUGUUGUGGGCAAGACCACUACAUCGCGAUCUGCCAAAAGAUGCGAAGCUAUUCGGUCAAAUAA